GUGCUAUGCAGCAGCGAUCUAUGUGCUAUCCACGAGCUGUUCACCAGCGAACUAUCCACGCCUAAAGCUCACGCUCAACAAGAUCACUGAUAAGGUCAAAUUUGCCAUCUGGAUACAAGUUGCGUGUUGUUAGACUUUACGGUUGAUGGAUUGAUUGGCAUGGCAGCCCAUGCGGAAGGGCGAGCGACGAUCGCCCAAGACGAGAACGUCUUUCUCAGCGCUCACCAGGAGCUGCAACGCGACUUGACCGUCUUGGUCCUGCAAGCCCUCGCCGCGCAGCGCCAGCUACCGCGGUCGUUUGCCGCGCUCGACGCCAUGGCGGGCACCGGCAUUCGCGCCAUCCGUUAUGCGCUCGAGGUGCCGGGUGCUUUGUCUGUCGCCAACGACCUGGACGCCGCGGCGCACGCUGCAAUAGUACUCAACAUUGCUGAGAACGGCGUCUCGGACCGCGUGCAGGCGACCCGAAUGGACGCUGUCGAGUGCCUCUGGAAGCACCGAGAACGCUUCCACGUGGUCGACCUCGACCCCUUCGGAACAUGUGCGGCGCUGCUGCCGAGUGCGAUUGCCUCGGUUGCUGUUGGUGGCGUCGUCUGCGCCACCGACACGGACAUGCACACGCUUCUCGGAAAGAAUGGACCGUCGCACGCCGAGUGUUUUCGACGCUACGGCGCGCUGCCGCAUCCCGACUGCAACCGGUCGGUGACGCCGCUGCUGUCGACAGCAUUUGACUUUUUCACGCGCGUCAUCUUUCGUGUACAAGAGGCCGGUGACGCGCCCCGCGUGCCGCUCGCGGUCGUCGACCAAUGCACGCGCUGUGCACACUUUGACGUGCACGAGCUCGGCGCUGAUGUGACCUGCGCAGCGCAAUGUCCCAUCUGCAACAACGCGCUGCAGCGAGGUGGUCCGUUCUGGAUGGGGCCGCUGCAAGAGCGCAAUGUCCUCAGCACGGCGGCGUCGAUGCCAGGUCUGGACGCAGCGCGGCGGUACUUGGAUGGGAUUUUGCUCGAAGAGCCGAGUGCACCAUUUUACUACUCGGUGCCGCGUCUCUUUCGCGCGUUCAAGCAUGUUCAGCCCCCGUCGCUCGCUGCGUUCAAGCACGCUCUGCGUUCCAUCGGUCAUGACGUGACCACGUCCCACCUGGACCCAAUGUCUAUCAAGACGCGGUCCACAUCGCUCGACGUAUACGGUGUCGUCAAGGCGUGGCUCGUCGCACAAGCCCCAUCGACGGCCGAGUUGCCAUCGCUGUUGCCAUCGAGCCAAGCUGUCUUUUCGUCAGCAACCAGACACAGAAAAGACGAGGUUUGGGCGACACCUACCAAGUGCACGCGCCAGCACAUGGAGGACUGCAGUUUGCUGCCGCCGAGUAGUGCAGCAACACAGCUGCCAUCGACAUCGCUCGUUUCAGUGGGCGCCACCGACGAUCUCGCGUCCGCCAUCGAAGCGGCGCAUGCUGGCGCCACGCUGUCUCUCGCACCUGCUUCGUAUAUUGUAUCGACCUUGCGCAUUGGAAAAGCCAUUACGCUGCAAGGCACAUGUGACUCGUCGGUGGUGAUCGGUCACAUCGUUGUCGAAGGAAACGCCAGCGUCGUUCUCGAUGGACUUGUGCUGCAGCCGCCGAAGCGACCGACACCCAAGACCCACACACUCCUCGUGUCUUCUGGCCGCGUCUUGAUCGAACGGUGCGUGGUGCAGCGCAGCGCGCCCAACAUCGCAGUCGUCUGUGUCGCCAAUCGGUCCCACGUGGUCAUGAGGCACUCGCGUAUCACCGACGGCCUUCAGGCUGGGCUCUACGUGUGCGGCAAAGCCACGGUCGACGUCUUGCACUGCACGGUCGAGCGGUCUGCCGGUUGCGGCGUUGACGUCUCUGGGGGCGCUGCUUGCAUACUAUCGCACUCGACGGUCGCCAACUGCAAGAAAAGUGGCGUCUUUGUACACGCGUUCGGCACACUCACGAUGCGCGACUGCCGCGUGGAGAAGAAUUGCAUGGCUGGCGUCGAAGUGACCGCCCAUGCGUUUGCAACCAUCGAGAAAUGCACGAUUGUGCGCGGACUCAAAGGCGGCAUUCUCCUGCACUCGGGCGGCCGCGCGACGAUCGACGACAACGUGUUGCACAAGAACGCGAUGGCAGGCAUCGAUGUCCGCGGUGUCGGAAGCACCGCUGUCGUCCGACGCAACCACAUCUGCAACGGCCGCGCCAGUGGCAUCUACGUCUCGGACCACGCCCACGCGCAUGUCGUCGGCAAUGAAAUCUACGGCCAUCGACGUGAAGGUCUCGAGACGACUAGUGACGCGUCGGUCGCUGCAAUCGACAAUCAAUGCGUCGGCAACGGUCGCAACGAGCUCGAUACCGUGUAAUCGUGAAAAGGGAUGUUCCGUUAUAGCUAGGGUAUUUCAUGCCCUAGCCCUGGGAAAGGUUUUGCGUCAUGCACCGAGCUGAAUGCUAUCUGGCAGCUUCCCGCAGAUAGUUAUCUUAGUAGGAG